AUGUCGCCCGGGGAGAGCGUUGGCAUCACCGCCGACGGAGCCACUUGCUGGAUCCGUCACCUGAGUCAUGCGACGAUUGCUGCUGUCGCCAAGGCCUUUGCGAGUGUCCAGUACCCCACCUUUCACGCCCUCGAGCUGCGCGACUGUGAGCUCGACCAAUAUGCGACCGAGAAGUUGGCGACGACGCUCCAUGCCAUGCCAAUGCUCUCGCUCGUCUCGGUGGCCUUCCUCAAGUGCGUCUUUGCCGAGGGGGUCGUUCCCGUCUUGGCGCGCUGCUUCCGAGACACUGCGUCACUUCGCGAGCUGCGGCUCGACGGCUGCCGCGAUUUGAGCAUGACGUCGCUCAUGACGCUCACGGGGCUCUGCGACCGCGUCGAGGUGCUUCAUCUCACGUCGUGCAAGCUUCCCCGCCAAGCGGGGCUCAUUCUGGGACAGAGCCUCGCGUCCUGCGAGCACCUUCUCAGCCUCGUCCUCAGCCACAACAACCUUGGCGACGGUGGCGUCCGUGCCAUCGCUGACGCAUUUGACCCGCAUAAGAAGAGCCACCGCCGAAAGCCGCUCGGUACGCUCGAGCUCUUGGACCUGCGAGACAACGGCAUCUCGAACGCCGGCUUUGCGUCAGUUCUUGGGAUUGGAGUCCGCCACCUCAACGUGAGCCACAACAAAAUCACGUCGGUCCACGAGCUCUCGGUGCGCCGGCCGUCGCACCUUUGCUCGCUCGACAUCUCCUACAACCCGAUCACGGCCGCGGGGUUCGAGACCAUGGCACACGUCAUCUCGUCGUCGACCACUCGUGUCGGCGAGUCGCUCACGGGCCUCAACAUUGAGAACUGCUGCUUGACGGUGGACGGCCUGCAAGCGCUCAAGCAGGCCAUCGAGCACAAUCCGCAGACAACGCUCAAGGAGCUGCGACUGGGCGAAGACAACUCGAUCGAAGAUGCGAAGACACGCGUCGUGCUCUCCGAGCUGCUUGAGUGCAUUGGAAGCGUCCGGCCCGACAUUGAGUGCAUCAUCUCUCCGGCGAUCGUCCCGAAAGUCGCCGUGACCAUUCCGGUGGUGACGGACGAGACAGUCGACGAGGACGUCGCUUUGAGCUCGCCCAUGAGCCGCGCGAGCACGACAAGUGCCCCCGACGUCGAGGGGAUUGUCCGGCAAACGGUCGCGACCAUGACGAGCGUCCUCGAGACCAACAUGACGGAAUUUAUGGAGCGCCACGAGCAGCGCUGCGUCGUGGACGCUGGCUUGCACGACGUGCGCGUCAAGGUCGACGCCCUUGAACGCCACGUGCCCCGGGUCGACGCCCGCCUCGACCAGCUCACGGACCGGAUCGCCGCCAUGAACGCCGAGCUGCGUACGUGCCUUUGUCCGUCGACGGCCGUCACGCCGUUGUAGGAACACCACGUCGACCGCCGCCGGACCUCGAAGCCUCGGCGCUCUAUUUGCUGCCGCGGUCGUCGUCACCUGAUGCAGCGCUGGAGGCGUGGAAAGCCGAGAUGGAGCGCGCUCAGAACGUUCAGUUUCGCCAGUGGCAGUGUAUAGGACUAUAUGGAGACGGACCGCGUGGCUCUCGCCCGACGCGUUCAGGAGCUCGAGACUAAAGUCGCUGGCCUGGAGCAAGUCAUCAAGGCCGAGCAGCAGGCGAGUUUGUUAGCCCUCGAAGCCAUCUCGAGUGCGUUCCUCGCUAAAACUGCUUGAGUCAACUCUUAGUGAUUGC